AUGUUUGGAUUUGGUUAUGUUCUUGGGCAGGUUAUUCUCAGUUUAGCUGCUAAAGGUUUUCAGAAAUCUAUUCCUCUUUGUCGGGAAACAUUCUUCUCUGGAGCCAUGGAUGAUCAACUUGUAAAGCGUUACCAGGAUCUUUUGACAAAGAGUUCACGGAUGCCGCUGUUUGACCUGAGGAAGCUAAACGCAUCACUUCCAGUGCCUAAACCAAUGGAGACCUCGACAAAAGUUCUUGUUUUAGGUGCCAAAGAUGAUUUCAUAGUGGACGAUGAAGGACUUAAGGAAACCGGGCGGUUUUAUGAUGUUGAACCGGUUUGUAUUGACGGUGUUGCUCAUGACUUGAUGCUAGAUUGUUCAUGGGAGAAAAGUGCUGAUGUUUUUUUGAAUUGGCUACGUGGUUCGUCUAAACUGGGAAAUUUACAUGCUUAA